UUACAAAAGACACUUGUGAUUUCUUAAGACUGGUUUCUUUUAAUAUCAAGCUGUUUUGGCUUUUAUGUUUUUGAAUAGAUGCAAGGAGACAUAAGCCCCAGUGCUUCCCUUAUUGACAGAACCAUCAAGAUGAGAAAAGAAACAGAAACUAGGAAAGUGGUUUUAGCCUGGGGACUCCUAAAUGUAUCCAUGGCUGGAAUGAUAUAUACUGAAAUGACUGGAAAGUUAAUUAGUACAUAUUAUAAUGUGACAUACUGGCCCCUCUGGUAUAUUGAACUUGCCCUCGCAUCGCUCUUCAGUCUUAAUGCCUUGUUUGAUUUUUGGAGAUACUUCAAAUAUACCGUAGCACCCACAAGUCUGGUGGUUAGCCCUGGACAGCAAGCACUGUUAGGCUUGAAGACCGCUGUUGUUCAGACCACCCCUCCCCGUGAUCUGGCAGCCAGCCAGAUCCCUCCCUCUCCACCUUCCCCUUCCAUUCAAGGUCAGAGUGUGUUAAGUUACAGCCCAUCUCGGUCACCCAGUGCCAGCCCCAAGUUUGCCACCAGCUGUAUGGCUGGGUACAGCCCUCAGCUGCAAGGUCUGUCUUCAGGUGGCAGUGGCUCCUACAGCCCCGCUGUGACUUACUCGCCUGCCAGCGCUUAUACUAAGUUGGCAAGCUUCAGUCUGUCCCCUUCUUCUCCAUACCCCACCACUGUUGGCCCAGUGGAGAGCAGCGGGCUGAGAUCUCGGUACCGCUCUUCGCCCACGGUCUACAACUCACCCACGGACAAAGAGGACUACAUGACAGACCUGAGGACUUUGGACUCUUUCCUUAGAAGUGAGGAAGAGAAACAGCAGAGAGUGAAGCUGGGGAGCCCAGAUCCCACCUCUCCUUCCACCAGCCCUACCUUCUGGAAUUACAGUCGCUCUGUGGGGGAUUAUGCACAAACCUUAAAGAAAUUUCAGUAUCAGCUUGCCUGUAGGUCUCAGGCUCCGUGUGCUAACAAAGAUGAAGCUGAUCUCAGUUCUAAGCAAGCUGCAGAAGAGGUCUGGGCAAGAGUAACUAUGAAUAGACAGCUUCUUGAUCACAUGGAUUCAUGGACAGCCAAAUUUAGAAAUUGGAUCAAUGAGACAAUAUUGGUGCCACUUGUGCACGAGAUUGAGUCUGUCAGCACUCAAAUGAGACGGAUGGGGUGUCCAGAGCUGCAGAUCGGAGAGGCGAGUGUUACCAGCUUGAAACAAGCCGCCCUGGUCAAAGCUCCUCUCAUUCCAACCCUGAAUGCAAUUGUGCAGUAUUUAGACCUAACACCAAAUCAGGAGUACUUGUUUGAAAGAAUCAAAGAACUUUCUCAGGGGGGCUGCAUGAGUUCAUUCCGAUGGAGCAGAGGAGGGGACUUCAAAGGACGCAAGUGGGAUACAGACCUGCCCACCGACUCUGCUAUCAUCGUGCACGUGCUAUGCACCUACCUGGACUCCAGGCUGCCUCCACACCCUAAGUACCCAGAUGGGAAGACAUUCACCUCUCAGCACUUUGUUCAAACGCCCAAUAAACCAGAUAUUACGAAUGAAAAUGUGUUUUGUAUUUAUCAAAGUGCUAUCAACCCUCCACAUUAUGAGCUAAUCUACCAGCGACAUGUCUACAAUCUUCCAAAGGGAAGAAAUAAUAUGUUCCAUACACUGUUGAUGUUCCUCUACAUCAUAAAGACCAAAGAGUCAGGAAUGCUUGGGAGAGUUAAUCUUGGCCUAUCUGGUGUGAAUAUUUUAUGGAUUUUUGGAGAGUAGUCCUUCACUGAAUUCCACACAUUGGGACUUCGGAUAUAAUCAGCCUGGAAGAAGUUGAAGCUAAGCAUCUCCUCCGAAGCGCCUCUCCUGAAAUAAGAUGCCUGUUCUGCAUGUUCUGCAGGCUUGUUCCAUUUAACAGGAACCGAGCUGUUGGGAAGCUUCUUAGGACUCUAACAAAGCCUGCAUCUUGUACUCCUCAAAACAGUAGUUACAUUGGAUGACUCCAAACCUGCAGUCCUGGAGUGUGAAGUCGUGCAGUCCCCUGCAAGGGUGCCGCUCCAUUGUAGUCCCAGUGAGAGCCAACACCUCAGUCUUUACUCCCAGAAAACUGUUGCUCAGUGUUGGUAGCAGUGUAAGUGCUCAAAAUGAACCUUGCUAGUUUUCUUUGUUGUAUCUCUAUAUUUCCCCAGUGUUCUACAAGUCAGCCUAAAGCUGAAAGGAAAUUAGUUUCUAAGUGAUGUAGUAAUUAAUCCUGCUGAGCCAUCUCCCCAGCCCCCUAUUGGUUUUUUUAAUAUUAAAAGAGAUUUGAUAAUAUUGGCAUCUUGAAAGGUCAAUGCUUGCAUUAAAUUUAGCUGAUAAAAUUAAACUUUUGGGUUUUAGUUAAAUGUCUAAGGACAUUAAGAAAACUGUUCACUGCUUUCAUUAGCACAGGUGUGUGUGUGUGUGUGUGUGUGUGUGUGUGUGUGUGUGUGUGUGUGUGUGU